AUGGCCAACUACUCAGUAGCUCAAAUGGGCGUGGGCAUGAGAUUUGCCCGCUCUCAUCACUCAAAAGAAACCAUUGUGCAAGGUCUGUAUCUUCAGCUCCUGAGCGGUUUAAUGGCCAACGAGGACCUGAUGCCUGGCCAAUACCGUAUCGCUGCAGUGCUACAGCAACGUCAACGCCACCUCGUGCCGUAA